AUGACCAACUAUAGGGAUUCUACAUAUUUUAAUAAAUUGGUGCUUUCGGAAGGGAUACCGAGGGAGUUCCUUCCAGACCUUGACGACAACGAUUCAGUGUUUAGCGACAGUCAAGUUGACAGCAACCGUUUCAAGCGACCAGAUAAAACGGGUAAGACUUCCGAAUCAGAAAAGGAAACGGCGGGCAAGAAACACAACGAUACAAAGUUGGAGUGGCCAUUGUCAUGUUGGAUAUGCAGACUCCCGAUUCUGAGGAAGAAGUCGUUUCUGGUCUGCUCGGACAUGUGUAAAAGAUCGUACCACAUAAGGUGCCACGAGUUUAUGAAAAACCACUACCAUAACAUGUACGAGAAGCUGACGUCGUCAAAAAAUGGGUCGACAGGAUAUAACGAGUCGGGGGAACCACCGGAACUGAUAACGGAGGUGGAGUCGAACUCGAGUUCAUCGUCAAGCGGAAGCGACACGGAUGAAGUAGUAAUGGAAGAAGUGAAGGAGGAAAAGAAGGGAGGAAGGAAAACAGGACAACACAGAAACCUCGAAAAACCACAUUACCUAAUAGAUAACCCGAACGCACUAAAAAAAUGCUUCUUCUGUACAAUAUCACACAUAGGCUGUAAUGGAUGCAGACAGUUUUUUCAACUUAAAAAUCUGGUUAAGUGUUGCGUGGAGGAGUGUUCAACAUUCUACUGUUACCCGAACUGUUUCUCAAGGACGAGAGUGAUAAUACCGGACAAAAAAAUAAUAGACAUAAACAUGAGUAUGUGCGGGCACCUGCAUAACCUGGUGGACAGAAACGGGCGUCCGAAGUUUAUAUGUCACUCGCACACGUGCUGGAGCUGCUACGACUGCGACAGGUACGUGUACUACUGGGAGACGUUCUGGAGAGGAGAACAAAUAAGAGAAAAACAGUCGCCACUGCUGUCAGCAUGGAACGUGCUGAAGGCGUCAUGCAGAGGAAAGGUGGAGUCGUCGCACUUCGCGAAGGGAAAGAAGAUACCGAGGCCACAGAGGUACCCGGAGCUGAGAGCAUUCAAGUCGUUUAUACAGUCGAGGUCGUACACGACGAACACGAAGAGCGAAGAGAUGUACAACUCGUCAGACGACGACGAGGAGUACUUCCAGAAGGGGCCUUCGACGACGCUGGUAAAGUGCAUAAGGUGUGAUAGAACGUGGUGUACGCACUGCGUGCACCCAGACGUGCACAUACUUCCGAAGUCAGGAAAACAGAUCGUGUGCCAGGACUGCAUACACAUACAAGUGGGCUGCACACUCUCACAAAACUCGAAGGAGUCGAACAACAGAAGUAACAUCAUGAACAAGGAGUGCGUGUGUCCAACAGUAAACCUGGAGACAGUGGUGCCGAGAGAGAUAUACGUGAGGCUGAAAAACUUUAUCACGGAACACGCAAAUUACGAAAAGAAGCUUAACCUGGAGCCGUGCUUCAUAUCGAAGCAGCCAGCACAAGAUUCAGACGACGAUAACCAGAUACUGGACCUGCACAAGUCAGCGACGCUGAAGGCUAAGUCGAGGAAGACGAAGAGGCAGGACGCAAGGAGUUCGAAGAGCAGUAAGAACCAAGCAGGGGAUAUGGGCUCAUCAAACGGGUCGGCAGAAGACAUGUUCAUAAGGCCGUUCCACGACAUGAAGUCGCGCGAGUGGAACCUGAUCGUGAAGGGCUGCGACGAGUCGAUACUGUCGAAGAUAUCGAGCGAGUUCAAGUACAUAACGUCGAACCUGAUCUCGCCAGAAAACAGGAAACUUAUAUCAGCACCCGACACGAACACGAGGUGCGUGUGCACUAAGAGUUGCGGAAAGGAGUGCCAAAACGUUAUGAAAAACGUAGAGUGCACGUCUAAAAACUGCGCAUUGCACGACGUUAACUGCGGAAACAAGAGGUUCCAGAACUUUUUGCUGCCGAAGCUGAAGCUAGUGUACUUUGAAGGAAAGGGAAUAGGAGCAGUGGCGACGGAGGAAAUAAGAGAGAACGAGCUGGUGUGCGAGUACGUGGGCGAAGUGAUCACGCAGACGGAUUUCCAUAAGUCGCUGGCGAGCUCGAGCUUCGCAGAAAUCGACGACGACAACCAGUGCCACUGGUACGUGAUGAAGGUGCACAAGGAAGUGUACAUAGACUCGACGCACCUGGGAAACGUGGCGAGGUUCAUCAACCACUCGUGCGACCCGAACUGCUCAAGCAUACCAAUCAACGUUAGAGGAAGCUACAGAAUGGGAGUCUUCGCGUCGAGGAAGAUCCUGAAGGGAGAAGAGGUGACGUACAACUACGGAUUCACGUCAAAGGGAGUGGGAGGAGGCUUCAGAUGCAAGUGCAACGCGAAAAACUGCAGAGGGAUCAUAGGGUCGCAAAACGCACACUCGCCGCAGUCGCUGAUGAACAUAGAGGCCUCGAAGAGCAGAGGAGCGGAGGUGGACGUGCUGUCUCAGCUGACGGCGGACAUGGCCUCGCUGAACGCAGCUAACAAGACGCAGGCGCUGAAGCAGCGCCCGUCGCCGCUGGACGUCCUCAACGGAAUAUGGACGACCGGAGACCUACACAGGUACGAGAGAAUAGUGUCGAACCUGGAGCUGCCGGAAAAGAACAAAUCGUUCCUGUCGAAGCUGAACGCGGGCUCGAAACCGACCAAAAACCCGCUUUACGGGCUGCUGGAGGAUAACCUGCACGUGGCGGAGGCGCAGUUCAACUACGUGAAGAUGCUAGCACUGAACUCGAUGUCGAUGCUGGAGUUUGACAAUGCGAACACGAAGCAGUUUGCAACAAACGUGCCCUGGGGAAUAGUGGCAAUGGGACACAAGGACAACUCGCACCAAGUGGUAGGUUAG